GGGCGGAGUGAGAGGUUACUCUCAGCCACAAUGCUCGAGGCGAGCUGGGCUGUGAACGGAGUUCGGAAGGGGGUUUCUGGGCGUUCGACUAGUAGCCGGAGCAGGAAGGGCUUUGUCUGUGGCCUUCCCUACAUAGGUAUUUUGGAAUUCUGGAUCCUACUCUGAGCCUCAGCCGUGGUCACUACUGUUAGUUCACCGCCUUGCGUCCCAGGUGCUGAGCAAAUUGGCCGCGGGCGGGGAGGAGUACUGGAAGCGAUCUAGCCUCUUACCCCUCGAGAUCUUACCGCCUAGAUUUGGACCGGGUCACGUUUUAUUAAGGGGGUUGGGGAUCUCCAUGGAUGAGUAGCAGAUGGGCAGGACUUCAACUGGAGAGAAAGGAGAGAAUAAAUUAGAAUGGCCAUUCUGAGUCAGGAGAACUGCUUGAGCAAGGAGGGGAUUGCUUGAUAUAUUUGUUCAGCAGAGUGUAUUAGGAGCUAAGCCAUGAAAGGUUUUGAAAAUGAUUCAGGGCCUCUAAGGUUUGGUGUUUCCCUUUGAAGAUGCCCCUCUCAGACUUUGUUCUGGCCCUGAAGGACAAUCCCUACUUUGGGGCUGGAUUUGGGUUAGUGGGUGUGGGCACAGCCCUGGCCCUGGCCCGGAAGGGUGCCCAACUGGGUCUGGUGGCAUUUCGGCGCCAUUACAUGAUCACACUGGAAGUCCCUGCUCGAGACAGGAGCUAUGCCUGGUUGCUUACCUGGCUCACCCGUCACAGUACCCGUACUCAGCACCUCAGUGUUGAGACUUCGUACCUUCAGCAUGAGAGUGGCCGCAUCUCCACUAAGUUUGAAUUUGUCCCAAGCCCUGGAAACCACUUUAUCUGGUAUCAGGGGAAAUGGAUCCGAGUGGAAAGAAGCCGAGAGAUGCAGAUGAUAGACCUGCAGACAGGGACUCCGUGGGAAUCUGUCACUUUCACAGCUCUGGGCACUGACCGAAAGGUUUUCUUCAACAUCCUGGAGGAAGCUCGAGAGCUAGCCUUGCAGCAAGAGGAAGGGAAAACGGUGAUGUACACAGCCAUGGGCUCUGAAUGGCGUACCUUUGGCUAUCCACGCCGCCGCCGGCCGCUGAGUUCUGUGGUUCUAGAACAGGGUCUGGCUGACCGAAUUGUCAGAGACAUCCGGGAAUUCAUUGAUAACCCCAAAUGGUACACCGACAGAGGCAUUCCCUACAGACGUGGCUACCUGCUUUAUGGGCCCCCUGGUUGUGGAAAAAGCAGUUUUAUCACAGCCCUGGCCGGGGAACUGGAGCACAGCAUCUGCUUGCUGAGUCUCACGGACUCCAGCCUCUCCGAUGACCGGCUCAACCACCUGCUGAGCAUGGCCCCGCAGCAGAGCCUGGUGCUCCUGGAGGACGUGGAUGCUGCCUUUCUCAGUCGAGACCUGGCUGCAGAGAACCCAGUGAAGUACCAAGGUCUAGGCCGUCUCACCUUCAGUGGAUUGCUCAAUGCUUUGGAUGGUGUAGCUUCCACUGAGGCACGCAUUGUGUUCAUGACCACCAACCAUGUUGACAGGCUGGAUCCUGCUCUGAUACGUCCCGGGCGAGUAGACCUGAAAGAGUACGUGGGCUACUGCUCACACUGGCAGCUGACCCAGAUGUUCCAGAGGUUCUAUCCUGGGCAAGCAUCUUCCUUGGCUGAGGCCUUUGCAGAACGUGUCCUUCAAGCUAGAACUCAGAUCAGUCCUGCCCAGGUGCAGGGCUACUUCAUGCUGUACAAAAAUGACCCUGCAGGGGCAAUUCACAAUGCUGAGUCUCUGAGGUGACAACCAAGCUGUACUCAGCUGUCCUCUAGGAGAUCAAUAAAACACCUGCCACACUA